AUGGAUAUCGAAAUUGAAUCAGCUGAUGUGGUACGUCUAAUAGAACAAUAUUUAAAAGAGAGUAAUUUACUACGAACAUUACGUACUGUACAGGAAGAAACAAGAGUAUCAUUGAAUACUGUUGAAUCUAUAGAAAGUUUUGUAUCAGAUAUUAUAAAUGGUCAUUGGGAUAUUGUAUUACAAACUGUACAAUAUUUAAAAUUACCCGAACAAAAAUUAAUGGAUUUAUAUGAACAGAUUAUCAUUGAAUUAAUAGAACUUCGUGAUAUUGGUGCAGCUAGAUCAAUACUUCGACAAACUGAACCAAUGAUUACUAUGAAACGUACACAAUCUGAUCGUUAUACUCAUAUAGAUAAUCUUUUGAAUCGAUCAUAUUUUGAUCCAAGAGAGGCUUAUUUAGAUGGUCAAUCAAAAGAGAAACGUCGUCAAACAUUGGCUAGUUCAUUAUCAGAAGAAGUGAGUGUUGUAGCUCCAUCACGUUUAUUGGCAUUACUUAGCCAAGCGCUUAAAUGGCAACAACAUCAAGGAUUAUUACCACCUGGUACAGCAAUUGAUGUAUUUCGUGGUAAAGCUGCAGUACGUGAACAAGAAGAAGAAAAACCACCUACUAAAUUGUCUACUGUUAUACGAGUAGUUCAAAAGUGUCAUGUUGAAUGUGCCAGAUUUAGUCCAGAUGGUCAAUUCUUAGUGACUGGCUCAGUUGAUGGCUUUAUUGAAGUAUGGAAUUUUACAACUGGGAAGUUAAGAAAAGAUCUAAAAUAUCAAGCUCAGGAUACAUUUAUGAUGAUGGAAGAUAGUGUUCUAUGUUUAACAUUUAGUCGUGAUUCUGAAAUGUUAGCAUCUGGUGCUAAAGAUGGAACAAUCAAAAUUUGGCGUAUUCAAAAUGGUCAAUGUUUGAAACGUCUAGAUAAAGCACAUCAUAAAGGUGUUACAGCUAUACAAUUCUCUAAAGAUAAUACACACUUAUUAUCGGCUAGUCUAGAUCAUAGCAUUCGAAUACAUGGAAUGAAAUCAUGUAAAAUUAUUAAAGAGUUUACUGGUCAUACAGGUGUUGUCAAUUCUGUAGCAUUUUUACCUGAUGGACAUAAUAUAAUAAGUGGAAGUGCUGAUGGUUCUGUACGAAUAUGGUCAAUUCGUUCAGGAGAAUGUACAAAUACAUUUAAGGCAAUAUCUGGUUUAGUUGGUCAUGAAGUAUCAAUUCAUUCAGUUCAUUUAAUGCCUCGUAAUACAGAUCAAUUUGUUGUAGCUAGUCGUUCUAAUACAGUUGCUAUAAUGAAUAUGCAAGGACAGAUUGUUCGAAGUUUUUCUAGUGGUAAACGAGAAGGUGGUGAUUUUCUGGAUUGUACACUUAGUGGUAGAGGUGAAUGGAUAUAUUGUGUAGCUGAAGAUCAUUUGUUAUAUUGUUUCAAUGUUGCUGCUGGUGGUAAAUUAGAGCGAACAAUGCGAGUUCAUGAAAAGGAAGUGAUAGGUUGUGCACAUCACCCUCAUCAAAACCUUAUUGCUACUUAUUCAGAAGAUGGUUUAGAAGAAACAAGAGUAUCAUUGAAUACUGUUGAAUCUAUAGAAAGUUUUGUAUCAGAUAUUAUAAAUGGUCAUUGGGAUAUUGUAUUACAAACUGUACAAUAUUUAAAAUUACCCGAACAAAAAUUAAUGGAUUUAUAUGAACAGAUUAUCAUUGAAUUAAUAGAACUUCGUGAUAUUGGUGCAGCUAGAUCAAUACUUCGACAAACUGAACCAAUGAUUACUAUGAAACGUACACAAUCUGAUCGUUAUACUCAUUUAGAUAAUCUUUUAAAUCGAUCAUAUUUUGAUCCAAGAGAGGCUUAUUUAGAUGGUCAAUCAAAAGAGAAACGUCGUCAAACAUUGGCUAGUUCAUUAUCAGAAGAAGUGAGUGUUGUAGCUCCAUCACGUUUAUUGGCAUUACUUAGCCAAGCGCUUAAAUGGCAACAACAUCAAGGAUUAUUACCACCUGGUACAGCAAUUGAUGUAUUUCGUGGUAAAGCUGCAGUACGUGAACAAGAAGAAGAAAAACCACCUACUAAAUUGUCUACUGUUAUACGAGUAGUUCAAAAGUGUCAUGUUGAAUGUGCCAGAUUUAGUCCAGAUGGUCAAUUCUUAGUGACUGGCUCAGUUGAUGGCUUUAUUGAAGUAUGGAAUUUUACAACUGGGAAAUUAAGAAAAGAUCUAAAAUAUCAAGCUCAGGAUACAUUUAUGAUGAUGGAAGAUAGUGUUCUAUGUUUAACAUUUAGUCGUGAUUCUGAAAUGUUAGCAUCUGGUGCUAAAGAUGGAACAAUCAAAAUUUGGCGUAUUCAAAAUGGUCAAUGUUUGAAACGUCUAGAUAAAGCACAUCAUAAAGGUGUUACAGCUAUACAAUUCUCUAAAGAUAAUACACACUUAUUAUCGGCUAGUCUAGAUCAUAGCAUUCGAAUACAUGGAAUGAAAUCAUGUAAAAUUAUUAAAGAGUUUACUGGUCAUACAGGUGUUGUCAAUUCUGUAGCAUUUUUACCUGAUGGACAUAAUAUAAUAAGUGGAAGUGCUGAUGGUUCUGUACGAAUAUGGUCAAUUCGUUCAGGAGAAUGUACAAAUACAUUUAAGGCAAUAUCUGGUUUAGUUGGUCAUGAAGUAUCAAUUCAUUCAGUUCAUUUAAUGCCUCGUAAUACAGAUCAAUUUGUUGUAGCUAGUCGUUCUAAUACAGUUGCUAUAAUGAAUAUGCAAGGACAGAUUGUUCGAAGUUUUUCUAGUGGUAAACGAGAAGGUGGUGAUUUUCUGGAUUGUACACUUAGUGGUAGAGGUGAAUGGAUAUAUUGUGUAGCUGAAGAUCAUUUGUUAUAUUGUUUCAAUGUUGCUGCUGGUGGUAAAUUAGAGCGAACAAUGCGAGUUCAUGAAAAGGAAGUGAUAGGUUGUGCACAUCACCCUCAUCAAAACCUUAUUGCUACUUAUUCAGAAGAUGGUUUAGUAAAACUGUGGAAACCUUGA